AUGUUUCAACAAACAGAAAGAGAUGAAAACAACCCCGAAAUGGAGUUAGAAGUUUACUAUUGCGACGAACAUAAGGAGGAAGCAUCAAAAAGUUCGUAUAAGUGGACAAUGGAGGAUAGUAAAAAGAAACUAAAAAAAGAAGAGGAGAGAAAAAUCCAAGAGGAACGACAAAGAGAAGAAGUAUUAAAUAAACAAAAAAAUCUUUUUUUUCUGGAUGGACGGACUGAUAAAAAAAGCGGGAAUAAAGGCGGAAGACCGUUUGGAGAUUAUGAACAAAGUAAUGAUCAGUAUCCUUAUAACUCUAAUAGAAAUCUUUAUAUUGGAUUAAGCACAGUAGCGGGAGUGUUAGCGGGCUGCCAGUAUGUUGAUGAAAUUGAAAAAAUAGCCAUUGAUUUAGCCAAAAAAAUAUUCAAAGUCGAGUAUGCUAAUGUUCAGCCUCAUUCAGGAUCGCAAGCUAAUCAAGCUGUCUAUUUAACUUUAUUAAAACCUAGCGAUAGAAUAUUAAGUUUGGAUUUAUUAGCGGGCGGACAUUUAAGUCAUGGUGCUAAAAUUAAUUUUUCUGGAAAUUUUUAUCAAGUGUAUCAUUACAAUUUAGAUCCAACAACCCAGAAGUUAAAUUAUGAAGCGGUUAGGAAAAUAGCCAAAGAAGUCAAACCUCGAUUAAUUAUUACUGGUUACAGUAGUUAUAGUUUAAAAAUAGAUUUUGCUAAAUUUCGAGAAAUUGCUGAUGAAGUUGGUUCAUAUUUAUUGGCGGAUAUUGCUCAUGUUGCUGGGUUAGUUUCUGUUGGACUAUUUCCUGAUCCUUCUCCUUAUGCUGAUGUAAUAACUUUUACCACUCACAAGACACUAAGGGGACCGCGAGGAGGCGUUAUUUUAGCCAAGAAAGAGUUAGGAGAAAAAAUCGACAAAGCAGUUUUUCCUGGUUUGCAAGGAGGAGCAAAUCAAGCAAUUAUUGCUGCUAAAGUUCAAUGCUUUUACGAAGUUUUGCAACCGGAAUUCAAAAGUUAUCAAAAAAAAGUGUUAGAAAAUGCUAAAGUUAUGGCUGAUUAUUUUUGCCAAAAAGGGGCAAAAGUGAUUAGUGAUAGCACCGAAACUCAUUUAUUAAUUAUUGACACUAAAAGUAGUUAUAGUUUAACUGGCAAAGAAGCAGCCAAAAUAUUAGAAGAAGUUGGAAUUGUCUGGUUUGGUGAGAAAGAAUUUAAAGAGUUGGCCGAAAAUAUUCACUUUCUUCUUCAAAAUCCUGAUAAGUCGGAAGAAUGCGGCAUUAAGCAAAUCUUUUAUUCGAGUGAUAAACAUCACAAAAAGUUAGAGACGAUUGCUGCUAAAAAAAUGUUUAAUGAUGCAGGAAUAAAGUAUUCCUUAAUUUUUCCUUUGGAAAUAAUUAUUAAAGAUAAUAAUAUUCAAUCAUUUAAGAAAGGUCGAGCUGAAAAGAUACUUGAUGAUAUUGAAGCACAUUUAAGAAAACUUAUUAGCGAAAAGAAAGAUAUUAAAAAAAACUUUCUCGCUAAACUUAAAGAAAUUGAAAAACAAAAUAAGGAAAACCAAGAAUGGUUUGAAGAUAAUUGA